UAGGAAAUCAUGCUCAUUUUGACUUGGAAAUUGCAGACUUGAACGCGAGCUAGAAACGAGCCGCCUGUAAGAGUUGUCAUGUAGUUUUUAUCCCUGGUAAAAGUGGAGAGAGCUGAUGAAUUGUUUCCUGCCGCAGUAGUGACCGGAUCCUCUUCUCUUUCAUGGCCUGUAGUUGUGCACAAUGAAAACUUGCAGCAAAUCACCUAUCAUACUGCUGGAGUUGAUGUACAUCACAUUACUCCCAGUUCUUGAGGCACAAAAAGUCAAAGUCUGGCCUGAAGUGACUGGAUACCUCGGGCAGGAUGUCACCCUGCCAUGCCACUUUAUCCCAGGAUCAAAAGGCGAAAAUGUUGCUCAGGUUCAGUGGGAUCUGAAUCCACCACAAGGAGAGAAACUGAACAUUAUUGUUUCUAAUGGGAACUAUGGAAUUGCUGCUCAAAAUACAUUUCUGAAGGAGAGAGUGGACAUUAAAGAACAAUCCUUGAUAAUUAGACAAGUGGAAAUGAGAGAUGCAGGGUCAUACACCUGCAACAUUGCAGCCUUUCCUAGUGGUUCAUUUGAAGGAAACACCAACCUUGUUGUUCAAA